AACAUAUCCCCUCAAUCCCAUGAGGGAUUUGCCUGUAAAUAUCCUCAAAAUUUUUCAAUUUCAAGCUGUCCAUGGACACCAUUGGAGUUGAAUGAGCUAGUGUUGUGCAUAGAACUGGAGUGAACCCUAUCACGGAAGUUUGAGAAAGACCAAUACAGAAGGUAGAGGCAACUUCUUUUGCUUCUCCCCGUAUCUCUUCCAUCCGGUGAAGCGUGUAUAAUGGCAAUGAGUGCGGGAGAGUUAUGGCCGUUACAUAUGGCCGUUUGGGAGAAUAAUUACCAUUCGGUACAUAGUCUGUUGACGAGUUCAACAGACUCACUAGAGUCGAAAGAUCCUCGUGGCCGUACUCCGUUAUUGUUGUCCGUCAUUCGCGGUAAUUUGGAAACGACUAAAGUUCUCCUGGAUUUCAAUGCCAAUGUCAAUGUGGAAUCCCCUGAUGGAUGGACAGCUGUCCAAGAAGCUACUGCGCUUGGAGACGCGGACUUACUUUUGCUACUUCUGAAGAAACGAGAAGAACAGCGAAAUGUCUCAAGAGUCGUUGGCAUUCCCGCGCUGUUGCGAAAACUGCAAGACGCUCCAGACUUCUAUGUGGAGAUGAAAUGGGAAUUCACUAGCUGGGUUCCUUUGGCUUCCCGAAUGUGUCCAAGUGAUACUUACAAGAUUUACAAGCGCGGUGCUGAUGUCAGGAUUGAUACGACGCUGCUUGGAUUUGAUCAAACUUCGUGGCGGAGUGGAAACCGAAGCUACGUUUUUAAAGGACAAGAGGAUGGAACUGUGAUGUUGAUGGAGAUCGACCACGACGCCAAAAAGGUGUACACUGAGCCCGUUGCAGAUGUUAUUUUGAAUCCUUCUCUCGACGACGUCGCUGCCGAAUCUCUUGAACCGUCCUGGCAAACUGUGCAAAAGCGCUUGAAAUCGCCUAUCGUAACCACGUACAUCAACAUCGAUAAAAUUAGCUUUGAGAGGAACAAGAGUGGGAUUUUGGGUUGGAGGUCGGACAAGCAAGAAGAGAUAGAUAACUAUUCAUGUAAGGUCUUCAGCGCUCAGAAUGUGGAACUCGUGACGAAGACCAGGACUGAACAUUUGAGUCAUGCGGACAAGCGUCGUGCGAGUGCGGAUGAUGCGAAUAUGGUUUCUUCUCCGCUUCAAACUUUAUUGGGUUUUGUUCACGGGGCUUCGAAUGAUGAUUCCAAGUUGGGUGGCGAUGAUGGUGAGUCUCUUCUACAAAGCACACAUUUUUUAAAAUUUUGUGAAUGUAUUCAAAUGGUUUUUCUAGAACGUGCUGUUGGACCGGUGACAGCUGAAGAAUAUUUUGACGCAGAAGUUGAUUUGGGCAAUCGGCUUAUUGGGACAAAGAAGAGGGAAAUUCUUGAAAAAUUGCAGCGAUUCCGCGCUACUCUGUGGCUUUGCGAAGACUAUCCUUUGCGCUUGCCGGAGCAAAUUCUGCCAAUUGUUGAUCUGAUGGCCAUUUCAUCUGCCCAUUUUGCGAAACUUAGGGAAUUCAUUCAGCUCCAACUGCCCUCCGGGUUUCCUGUCAGAAUAGAAAUCCCUCUGUUUCACAUCUUAAACGCCAGAAUCACAUUUGGAAACAUUUUUGCCAUGGAUUCGCCCGUUGCUGGUGUAUCCUACGUGGAUGAAGGUGAAAGGAAAUCGUGCUAUGUUGAUGAGUCCGUCUUCGAAGCUCCUGUUGCGUACCAGCGACGUGGUUCUGCCGAAGAUUUGAUUCCCGCGUAUCAUCCAUACAUGCAUCAUAGGCAAGUUAGCUUGGAUGAAGAUGACGAACUUCUUCAGUUUGCCAUUCAGCAAUCUCUCAUGGAAGCUGGCACCGAAGACGAAGUGGUGGAUGUUUGGGAAGCUUUGAACAUUUCUAACCCGGAUGAUUCUCCAGCAAGGGCACCGCCUCCGAGACCCGGACUCUACCCUAGCGAAGACGUUCUCAUGCAAAGAGCUAUAGCUGAGUCCCUUUCCAUGAGCACUGGCAUUCCGGUUGACGCUGACGUGAUUGUUCCUGAAGACACGGAAAGUGACGUUGAUCUCGCACAAGCACUAGAAUUGUCCCGUCGCUUAAUGUUGGAAGAGGAGGAGCUCCGGAAGAGGGAAGAUGAGGAAUUGCAGAAAAUUCUGAACAUGUCUUUGCUUGAGCGUUGAUUAACGCUGCAAAAAGGCGUCAUUUCUUUCUUUCACGUGUAUUACGUUUUUUUGGGCAACCAGUGCCUCACGAUUUCUCUUACUGAACUUCGUUUUUACACUUACAAUACUGUAUUACUGUGGGAAGACAAUUUUUCCAAGUUCGUGGUAUGUUUCCAUUUUGGCUUCUUGUUAGAACCAGUUAAUUUAUUUACGCGAAUAUAAGACACAAUUUUACCGGACUGACUAUUAUAACUGACGAAGACUGAGCUGCGUCUUGGAUUGCCAUGUGAAAUGCAUGGGUUUGAUCAUUCGGAAAUUGUAGUUCAUAAACUUCUUGAGAAUUAUCUUACACUGAGGAGAAGUUUCAAGAAGGAUCUGUACUAGAAACUCAACAAGUGCGAAUCAGAGAAAAUGUCUGGUGUCUGGGAAAUUUGUUUUUUAAAUAGUUUUUUUGACUAAUUGCGAUGCUAGUCAAAAAUGCAGAGGAUUAUUUUGCUUGGAGGAAAAAUGUGAGCACAUACUUUACUGUAUUCGCUGUUUUUUUUGGAACACAGAGGAGGAGGGCAUAUUGUUGGUUUCGAAUUUUCGCACUCCUGUACAAGUGUACGAAGGUAGUUUUUGGCUUGUUCUGUAAGCAGGAACUGUGCUUCAAGAUUCACUCUCAAACUUAUCCUUCAGCUAGAUAUCUUAAGUGUUGGGUUGUCUAUCGGAAAAGAUUGCGACUUAUAUUCGCGUAAAUGAAGGUAAUUUUUUCCCCAUCCCACGGAGAAAUCUUCAACUACUGCAUCGUUUUUCACGCAUUGAAAAAAGUGCGUGAACACAGACAUGGAAUGGCGCCCGUUUGAGUGGUAUAACCAUGUUUUUCUAUGCUUGAGAGACGGAUAAACACUUUUGGAAAUUCGGUUGAUUGGAGAACAGUUAUCAAAGUGUUGCUCAUGAUCGGUGCGCAGGAGUCGCAAUAUUUUUCUAACAACUCAGCUGGUUGCCAGAAGAACAUCGUUUCUAGGGUGUUCGAUUUUCUUGGUAAUGGCAGUCCAAUGUUAUCCUGUGAUAAACGUGUGACAGUGUCGCGAAAAGAUACGUUUUGAGAGAAUUGAGAGGAAAGGCCAGAAUUAAUGUAGGAAGUUUUGUUACCUCGACGUUUGGCUGAGCUUUGUUCGUUAUGUACUAAGUGAAAUGACGUAAUGUUGGAAAAUUUGAUUUCGAGUAGACUUUCGUAGUAGCAUAACCCGUUUCCAUUUUCAUGUAUCGCAAGUGAAAGUUAUGUUUCGUGUAAUUAUUCUUGAACCCCCUACCAGAAGGCUGUGUAGUGUGACUUCGAUUAUUUCAUUGUUGCUAAAGGCUUACUUGUGUUCUUUGAUUUAUUAUGCUUGAUGGAACAAAUUUCACGAAAUUUGUUCUUGUUCAGGAGGAGAAGCCUUCCUGCUGUUUUCCAGACAUUCCAGAAAAAGCGGUUUUAAGAAACCGUCGGACAGGAUCGUUAUUCCGGUUCUCCCCCGCUGAACUGUAUUUUUCUUGUGUUUUAAUGUAUUAUGGGACUUCUAUAUAGUGCUUAUGCAUUGCUACGGUCGGAGGAAUAAAUUCCGCUUUAAGUUUCGUAGAAGUUGGAAGUGGAUCUUGUAAUCCUGAUCAGCUGCAGACUUGAAUAAACGUUACCAAUUUUUUUUGAAGACAGAA